AUGACCGUUCUAAUCUUGUCUGUGAUUGUCAGUGUCACCGCCAAGCCUCAGGGCUAUAACUUAACUCCCCCUUCCGGUCCAUCUUUACUCUCGCGAAGAUGUAGCAACGGACAGGUGUUACAUGUGGACGGUAGAUGCGUAGCUCCAAGAGUCAACCGUCGUGUGUUCUUGUAUGAUGUACCAAGAACUCCCACGCCAACAGGUCCUCCACCUUUCAUCCCUGCACCAACAGUGGAGACUAACCUGUUGUUCAUCCGAACUCCCGAAGGAGGACAAGGGCCAGAUCCAAUCAUUGUACCUCCUCCGCAGCAGGAACACGUCGUGUACAUCCUCAAUAAACAGUCGGAAGAGGGUCAAAAGGUGAUCGAAGUUCCAGCACCGCCACCUUCCGAUCCCGAAGUGUAUUUCGUCAACUACGCUGAAGGAGAGAAUCCAACUCUUCCAAUUGGAGUUGAUCUGCAAACUGCCUUGGAUGCUGCUUCAGCAGCCAGUGGCCAGGUGGUUGGGAGUUCUGAAGGCUUCGGUGGUGGAGCGACUGGAGUAAACGGUGGUUUCGGUAGCAGUAACGGUUUCGGAAUUAGCAACGGUAUAGGAAACAGCAAUGGUUUCGGAUUCAACAACGGUUUUGGAAGCAGUAAUGUUUUCGGAAGUAACAGUGGUUUCGGAAGCAGUAAUGGUUUUGGAACCAGUGGUGGUCUAGGAAGGAGCAGUGGUCUCGGAGUCAAUGGUGUUUCCGGAAGCAGCAGUGGUUUCGGAAGUGGCAAUAGUUUUGGAAACGCGGGAAGUAAUGGUUUCGCAAUCAACGGAGGCUUCGGAGGCCUUAAUGGUUUCGGGAGUGCCACUGGUUUCACAUCGAGCAGUGUAGAAGGAAAUACUGGCGGAUUUAGCAGCGGCAGUGUCAGUGGUGCUGGAAUUAGCAGCCUUUCCGGUAAUGGUCACGCAUCAGCGCUGCCCAGUCUGUACACAACACCUUAG